GCACCUUUACUCAUCAAUCUUUAUACUAAAUAAAGUCCUAACUUUUUUCUAUGUUCUUUGAGAAAGAAUUAAUUUCCCUAAAUUCUUCAUAUUUUCUACUUAGAAAAAACUUUUUUUUUUUUAGAUUUUAUUUUCAAGAUACCUAAAGAAAUUAUAUUAGAGAAAAGAAAAAGAUGUUGGAAAAUCAAGAUUUGAGAUUGAGUUUGAGUCUUAGUUUUUCAGAGAACAAAACAACAAAUCCAUUGCAGCUAAAUUCUUGGAUUGGCUCAUUUCCUUCUUCAGAUAGGAAUUUGGAGAAAUGCAGAACAUUUUUGAAGGGAAUAGAUGUGAACAUAAUACCAACAAAUACAGAGGAAGAAGUUGGAGUUUCUUCACCAAAUAGUAGUAUUUCAAGUUUAAGUGGAAAUAAAAGAAAUGAAAGGGAAAUAAUUAAUUGUUGUGAUGAAUUGGAAAUUGAAAGAGAAUGUUCUAGAAGUAUUAGUGAUGAAGAAGAUGGAGAAACUUCUAGAAAAAAAUUAAGACUUACUAAAGAUCAGUCUAUUGUUCUUGAAGAAAGUUUCAAAGAACACAAUACUCUCAAUCCAAAGCAAAAACAAGCUUUGGCAAAGAGGCUAGGAUUGAGGCCUAGACAAGUGGAGGUUUGGUUCCAAAACAGGAGGGCAAGGACAAAGUUGAAGCAAACUGAAGUAGACUGUGAGUUGUUGAAGAGAUGUUGUGAAAAUUUAACUGAAGAAAAUAGGAGAUUACAAAAAGAAGUUCAAGAGCUAAGGGCACUAAAACUAUCACCUCAACUCUACAUGCAAAUGACCCCUCCAACCACCCUCACCAUGUGCCCGUCCUGCGAGCGCGUCGCGGGCCCAUCUGCUAUGUCUGGGCCCGCGAGCAUUGACAUUCGGACCAACCAAAUGGUCCUGGCCCGACAACGGCCCGUACCGUUUAAUCUCUGGACCGCCUCCCCUGUCCCACAUAGGCCCAUCAAUACCCUACACCCUAGGUCGUAAUUUCGCCAACGACGGAAGGGCAAUUCGGUCAAAUGGGAUUAUUACACUAAUUUUGGAAAAUCCAAGUGUAUCAAUUUCUUUUUUCUCUUUUUAGUACAGUAAGUUGCAAAUGGUGGGAACUAGAGAAGAGGACUUUAGAUGUAAAGUUUAGCAAGUGAUAUAUCUAAUUAUUCAACAAAAAAAAAAAAAAAGUUGCUAAGCUCAAUGUCUUAGUUACCAU